UGAGGCGGCGGCGGCGGCGGGCAGCAUGGCGGCGGCGGGCGGCGCGGCGCGGCGGGGGCUGCUGAAGCGGAAGCCCAACUUCACGCUGCAGGAGAUCGAGAUCCUGAUGAGCGAAGUGCUCCGCUACGAACCGCUGCUCUUCGGCGCCGCCGCCAGCACCGUGAACGCCUACGAGAAGCAGAAGAUCUGGUGGCGCAUCACCAAUAAGAUCAACGCCGCCGGCCGCAACCAACGCGACAUCGGCGAGGUGAAGAACCGCUGGAGGGGGCUGCGCCGCCGCGCCAACGAUAAAAUCACCCGGCACCGGCAGGAGCGGCAAGGACCGGCACCGCGAACCAACGCGGCCCGGCACCACGGGGCCGCCGGAACCGGCACCGCCAGCGCUGAGCUCGGCCCCGGACCCGCGCCCCUAUGGGGACCGCGCGGCGGCGAAGCGGCACCGCUGCUCGGAGGGGAAAGGGCGGCACCGUGCGGUGUGAAGGAGGAGGCGGUGAAGGAGGAACCGAUGGAGGUGAAGACGGAGCCCUUCCAUGACCCCACGGACGGCGGCACCGUCCCGGCACGGCGGCAGCCCCGCAGCAGCACCCAGACACCCGGCGAGGGCUGGAGCCCCCCGCAGCCCCCCCACCCCGACCUGGGGAUCCAACCAGAACCUCCGGGCUGCGACUUUCCCAGCAGCGUCAUCUUCGAGCCGGACACCGAACAGCUCAGUGACUGCAGCGAAACGGGGGGGGGAACCCCCGGCGGGACGGACGGGACCCCCGAAAGCAGCGCCCGGCUCAGCCCGGCCGAGCUGCGCCUCAUCCGCUGCAACGAGCGCCUGGUGCAGGAGAUGCGAGCCUUCCGCAGGGAGUGCGCCGAGAGCCGCCGGGAGAUGGCAGCGGUGCUGCGCAGCAUCGCUCAGGCGCUGGGCGGCCUCAGUGCCAGCCUGGCCCAGAUCCGCGAGCGCUACCUCGGGGGGCACGCGGCCCCCCAGCCCUGAGCCCCCCCCAGCCCCCCGCCCGCGCCUCCCGUCCCCUUUUUAUUAUCUGAACUCCCCACUUCAAUAAAACUCAGCGCUGGCCCCUCGGUUUCCCCCCCUCCUCAGGAGCCGCGGGUGGCUGACGGGCUUUUUGUUAAUAGGAAAGAGGUUGGGGUGCGGUGCUGAGAGCCCAGAGGCGGCACAAAGCCCAACAUCCGUGCAGCGCAUCGGCGCUGUGGGUCCCACUCAGGCUGCUGCGAUGUGGCAGUCCCAAAUUUAGUCCCCCCUUCCCUCCUCCCCCCCCCGCCGUGCCGCUGCAUGGUGUGAAUCACUCCGAAAAUAGGCAGUGAAUCACAGCCCACAGCGGAUGGGGGGGAGACGCG